CAAUUUCAAAUAACUUUUCUCUUUAACCCGUUCAUUUCUCACUUUCAUCUUCUUACAAUUUCGAUCGUAAUUGAAGAUGCAACGAUUUCAAACAAUCCGAGAAAGUGAAGAAAAUAACAAAUUCGACUACGUCGCUUCGUAGCAAGUCUCAUUACGCUCCUAAGGCAAAAAGACGAGAAAAAUCACUCGGUGAGGAAGGAAGGAUUUAACAAGGAGGUGUCGGAGGUGGUGGAAGAAAUUCACCACGUGAUGCUGGCGAAUCUUAGUUGAGGUUGAUAUAUUUAUAUUUCCGGGCUCACAAACUGGUGCCAUUCGAUACUUUGUAACUGGUACCAUUAAGAUCGAGUGAAUUUUUGUGGUGUUUUUGAAACAAUUAAGGCAAGGAACGUUAAAACCCGUCUAAAUCGGACGUAAAUGUUUAUUGAGUUGAUAGUCAGCGCAGAAUUAACAUCUAAAGUGCUUUAGAUAACAAAAAUGUCUCCGAGCAUAAUCGCUGGAUCCCCGAUUUUUAUAAACGAAGCGACGAGAUCUGCGGAAGAUGCAAAAUUAACUCAAUUUGUUAAGCCGCAAAACCAAGAAGUAAAGCAGAACGCUUAUCAGUGGAAAAUCGUGUGGAGAAACGUUUUUGCAUUUAUUUACCUUCAUUAUGCGGUUCUUCAUGGGUUAUAUUUCGUAUUUACAAGAAACGUUUUGCUUACUUUAGGAUGGAAUCUUUUCUUAGCAUUUUUAGUCUCCCAAGGUAUAACAGCCGGCGCCCACCGAUUAUGGGCUCACAAAGCCUACAAAGCGAAUCUACCUUUACGAAUAUUAUUAGCGUUCUGUUUCACAAUUGCUUUUCAAGACGAUAUUCACCAAUGGGCAAGAGACCAUCGAACCCAUCACAAAUUUUGCGACACCGACGCCGACCCGUACAACGCAAAAAGAGGGUUCUUUUUCUCCCACAUGGGUUGGUUGAUAACCCGGAAACACCCCGAGGUUAAAGCCAAAGCGAAAUCGGUCGAUAUGAGCGAUAUUUUAGCAGACCCCGUCGUUAGGUUUCAAAGGAAGUAUUAUUUGAUUUUGAUGCCGAUUUGUUGUUUCGUUAUGCCAACGUUGGUUCCUUAUUAUUUUUGGAACGAAUCUUUUGUGGUUGCUUGGAAUUUAUCGUUAAUGAGGUAUGCUGUGACUCUUCAUGCUACUUGGUUGGUGAAUAGCGCGGCGCAUAUUUAUGGGGAUAAACCUUUCGAUAAGAACAUUACCCCAAGGGAAAAUCGAUUCGUUUCAAUAAUAACUUGCGGCGAAGGUUGGCACAAUUAUCACCACGUUUUUCCAUGGGAUUAUAAAGCGAGUGAGCUUGGUUUUCAAAAGCUGAACGUAACCGCGGGGAUUAUUGAGUUUUUUGCACGAAUCGGAUGGGCUUUCGAAUUAAAAACUGUCUCCGAGGAUAUGGUGAGAAGAAGGGCGAAAAGAACGGGGGAUGGAAGUCACGAGGGGGAAUAUUGGGGAUGGGGGGAUAAAGAUAUGUCGAAAUGCGAACAAAAUGAAAUUGUUACGUUUAAUAAUUUAAAAAAAUUUUGAUUACAUUCAAUAACAAUUUAUAAUUUUAAUAGUGUUUAGGGUGUUUUUAGAAUGAUGAGGGUGAUAUUUGCUUGUAUAUUUAUUUACGAAUGUGUGUAUUUAUUGUAUAAAUAUGCAUUACAUUUUUUUUAGUAUAAAUAAGUAACACAAAUUAGUUUGUUAUGGAGUUAUAUAUUUUAUUACCAAAAUAAAACGUACUUAA